CCGCGGCCAAAUGUAAUUGCACGUGCGACCACAGACACGACGCUGGCAAUGAUCCCGGGCAGCGCAUUCCAGCGGGUGACGCGGCUCUAUCCCAAGGCCGCCACGCACAUAUUGCAGGUGAUUCUGACUCGCCUGCAGCGCGUCACCUUUGCCACGCUUUACGACUAUUUAGAUCUGCCGCACGAGCUGGUCAACGUCGAGCGUGCACUAAGCGAGCUGGCCAAAGUUUAUUUGCCUGCAGAGAUCCAGCACAGCAGCGUACUGCGUCAGAUCAGCAGUGUGUUUGCCCAGGGUGAGGUUUUGCAGCCCACAAUGCCGUUGCCGCCACCGCUGGCGUCACCUAUGCUUAGAACGAGACGCCAGUCGGUGCUCUCGUCGCGCACUUCUCCGGCGGUCACAUCGGCAGCCGACAUGUCUGACCCGGGUGUGCUGCACCCUGCGUGGAGGGUUGACCACCACACCAUGGUUGCUCUUGCACGCCAGAAUGUGCAGCCAACCCUGACUCUUGCGCCCGUGUCUGUCAGCGAGAGCUCAGAACAGAGUAACAGCGGUACCCGGCACCGGCGAUCUGGCAGUGACGCAGACAUAGCCAGCAAGGUGCCAUUGGCGGAGGAUAUAGACGCCCUGCGCACACAGGUGCUGCUGCAGCUUUGUGUAUCGAUUGGACUCGAUCCUCACACCUCCGACGGCCGGAGCAGCUCGUCACCCGGCGAAAAUGUAACCUCGUCAGCAGCGUCAACUACCUCGGACACCCGGCACCCGAGCACUAACAGGCGGCAACUCCCGCGCACCGAGCAUUUGCUUCCACUGCUGCAAACCAUUUCAAUGUCCGAGAAGAAGCGCAUCAUGUCACAAACACACCCGAUGCCGCUGCUUGAGAUUCCGUCGCUGGCCAAUGAGCUUGAGCUUUAUCAUCUGCCCGACGGCUUUGCACUGGUUGAGCAAGGGAAGCGGCCACAGGGCCUGUAUAUCAUUCUCGAUGGGCGUGUUGAGGUCACCCAUCGCGAUUCGGUCGUUGACUUUACCGGCGCUAUCGACGCUCGCGACGACGCUGUCAGCACGUCCAAACUGAGCGAGGCUACUCACCGCAUGACAGAGCUUGCACGUGAGGCUAAUGUGCGCAUUGAAAGCCUGGAUCCAAAGGCUCAGGCCAUGAAAUCGGGCCUCACUACGACCAGGCCACGUGUACCGCGGAUUUCCCCGCCACUGAACUUGGCUGGCGCCAGCAGAAAGGGCACAGGCAAUGACCGCGCGCAUCAGCCAUAUUUGCUGCGCCCUGGCGACAUUGUCGGAUACCUGCCAGCGCUGACAGACAUGGCGUCGCUGUACACUGCGCGCAGCCGUGGAAAUGUUGUGGUCGGCUUUGUGUCGCGGUGGGCGCUGGACCGCAUCAGCGAGCGGUUUCCUAUAAUUCUGAUGACGCUGGCGCGGCGACUGACAGCUCGGCUGCCGGCCUCAGUGCUGAACAUUGAUUACGCGCUGGAGUGGGUCCAAGUAAAAGCCAGCCAGAUGGUCUACCGCCAGGGCGAGGUCAGCGAUGCUGUGUAUGUAGUGCUCAGUGGGCGGCUGCGGGCGUUUUCCGAGCAGGGUGGUGCAGCCAGUAUCCUGGCGGAGUACGGCCAGGGCCAGUCUGUCGGCGAGCCCAAUCUGCUGCUUGACACACCCAGUCGGUUUAACCUGCACGCCAUCCGCGAUUCUGAGCUGGUACGCAUCCCAACAGCGCUGUUCAAGGCGCUGAUGCAGACAGCACCACGCCUGACUUUUCAUCUGUCGCGGACCCUGGCAGUGCGCGCAGCACAGUCCUUGCAGAGCCAAGACAUUCAGGCGCAAAGUCAGUCUACAGUUCUCACCAGCGGUGUGCGCUGCCACAACCGCAACCUCAAGAGUAUUGCCAUUAUUCCCAUUAAUGCCGAUGUGCCCGUGCACGCCUUUGCCGAGCAACUCGAGCAAACGCUGGCCGAUAUUGCCGGGCAAGUGGCGCUUCUGGACCAUACGGCAGUGAGCCGUGUGCUGGGCCGCCAUGCGUUCAGCCGCAUUGCCGGGCUCAAGAUUGUCAGCUGGAUUGCUGAGCUCGAACAGCGCUGCCGCCUGCUGCUGCACGUGGCUGACGGCGGAAUCAGCUCGCAAUGGACGCGGCAUUGUGUGCGGCACUCUGACUUUAUUUUGCUCGUGGGUCUUGGCGAAGGCGACCCGGCUGUCAGCGACUUUGAGCGGCUGUUGCUGGGUCUGAAGACUACUGCGCGCAAGGAGCUGGUUUUACUGCACGAGAACCGCAGCUGCCGGCAGGGCACAACGCGCGAGUGGCUGCGGCGUCGGCCGUGGGUGCACGCCCACCAUCACGUGCAGAUGCCGUCAAAGACGAUGAUGUCAGUGUCGUCGCAGGGCCGCCGGCGCAACCGAUCGGAUUUGGCCGAUACACUGUCAGUUCCCCCGCUUACAAAGCAAGCGCAGGGGCCGUUGGGCCUAGGCCGCAUUCGCAUCAGCCUGGAGCGCUAUUACCGCCGCGUUGUACAUGAGCCUCAGUUUACGCCGGCCACCUCGCAGGGCCACCGCUCUGAUCUGGCCCGCCUGUCCCGUUAUUUGUGCGGCACAUCGGUGGGCGUUGUGCUCAGUGGCGGUGGUGCUCGCGGAAUUGCGUUGCUGGGCGUGCUGCAGGCUUUUGAGGAGGCCGGGAUCCCGGUCGAUAUGGUCGGUGGCACUAGUAUUGGCGCGCUGAUGGCAGGACUUUAUGCGCAGACACCCGACUCAGUGGCCAUCCACGGACCGCUGCGGGCCUUUUCGCGGCGCAUGAGCUCGUUGUGGCGCUUCCUGCUUGAUAUCACGUAUCCCAUAUUGGCAUACACAACAGGCCGCGAGUUCAACCGUGCGAUUUGGAAGGUAUUCCGCGAGUCCGAGAUCGAGGACCUGUGGCUGCCUUUCUACUGCCUGACGGCAAACAUUACGCAGUCGCGCCCCGAGGUGCACACCACCGGGCUGUUGUGGCGCGUCGUUCGUGCAAGUAUGUCGCUGGGAGGCUUUGUGCCCCCGCUUUGCGACGAACGCGGCGACCUGCUAGUCGAUGGUGGGUACCUUGACAAUCUGCCUGUGAGUGUAAUGAAGACGGAGCUCGGCGCCGACAUGAUCUUUGCUAUUGACAUUGCCGGCGAGAACGACACCAGUCCUGUGCGCUACGGCGCAUCUGUCUCUGGAUUCUGGGUGCUGCUUAACCACCUCAACCCGCUGCGCUCAUACUGGAUACCGACGCUUUCUGAAGUGCAAUCGCGGUUGACGUACGCAUCGUCGGACCGCGAGCUCGAGAGUGCAAAGAUUGCCGACAGUUGUGUGUAUUUGCGCGUGCCGCCGCGCGACGUUGGUGUGCUUGAUUUUGGCCGGUUUGAUGAGGUUUAUCGCCGCGGGUACGAGUAUGCGCGCCAG